AUGGGCGUGGAGCACUGGUCUGUUAUUGGCCGCCUGAAGAAAGCAGUGAAGCGGAUAAACUCCCUGCUUUGUUUAAACCUAAGCAGAUGGCGCUUAGCUUGCUUCCUGAAAAGCGAUUCCCCCCAUCGGCGGCUGAGCUUGAGCUUUAACGACCGCAUUGGUUUGGCUGGCUGCAUUGAGGAUGAAGUAGAAUCAAGUGAAAGAGGGUUAGUUCACAGAAAUGCAAGUUGUGGUGCAGAUGAUGAUGUUGACCAAGUGGUGGAGAUAUUUAUCUCCAAUUUCCGUCGCCUGCUUUGGUUAGAACGCCAAGUUUCUUUGGAGAUGAGAUAUAGCCGAUGCAGGAGUUUGGAGUCGGACAGAGACUGUCAUGCAAUUCUAGAAUUAUUUGUUUUUGAUGGAAAGAACAUUGAAAUUUAA